UAAGCGUGCAGAGAAGCUGAAAUGAAGACGAGGGCGGAACCCCCCGGAUAGUGAAACUGAAAGCUGACACUGCACUAUAGAACUGAAUUCGUAUUUUAAGAGACUAAACACUUCCUUUAAUUUUAUUGCACACUUCCUGAAGUUUUAUUGGGUUUCGCCUUCCUAUAAACCAAGUGAGUCAAGGAUCCCGUUCCAAACUGGGGUGACAUAAUGACAGAUUUCAUCUGCUGGCAGCGAAGAAAUUAAGACGAAGCAGGAAGGAGGUCAUACGCGGGGAGAACGAAGACAAUAAGAAAGAUGAAAAGUCACUCACAAUGGCAUGGCUGUCUUUCCUUGUUCUUUAUAAUGGGGGUUUCCUCAAACAAAGAUAGUUUAUUCUCAAACUCAAAUGAUAUACUAGUGGCUGCACCUGGUGAGAUGGUCACCUUGCCGUGCCUAAUCCUGUCCAAGAUCUCCGCCAGAGACAUGGAGGUGAGGUGGUACAUCAAGGAGUUUGAUAAUCUGGUUCAUUUGUAUCACAAUCAACAAGAUGAUGUGGAAAACCAGAGGCCGGAUUACAAGGGCCGCACUAGCCUCUCUAAAAUUGGACUGGAGCAUGGAGACCUUUCCUUGAUGCUGAGAGGCCUUCGUCCGGCAGACAGUGGAAAUUACUCUUGCUUCGCCUCCAGUGAAUCCUGGUAUGAUGAAGUCAAAGUUGCCCUUAUUGUUGGAGCCACAGGAACACCUCCCCGGACCUCCCUGGACUCCACUAAUGGGGGAGCUGCCGUGUUGACUUGCACAUCAGAGAAAUGGUACCCAAAACCUGAAGUCAAGUGGAGAGACCAGCACGGACAUGAUGUGGGAGCCAAGGCAGCAGUAGAGAUGCUUCAGGAUAGUCAGGGGUUCCUGAGCAUCAGAAGUAGUAUUGUAAUCCAGGAGGAAUCCAACACUUUCUCUUGUCUUGUUAGAAACAACUUGCCAAAAACUGACACACAGUCGCUGCUUCAUGUGUCACAAGAGGUCUUUCCACAUGUAUCUGGCUCCUUGGUGGCCUUCAUCAUAAUAUUAUUCUUAAUAGUUGCAGUUACCAUCGCGUCUAUCCUGAUAAGUAAAAGAAUGGAAGGACUGAAGAAAAAAUAUGAGCAGAAAGGUGAUCUCUUGCCCUAUUUGUAUCUGUAUAAGGAAAUUGAGAAAAUCUGUUCCCUGCCUAAAUCAGAAUGGCAGGCGAUGAUUGACUGUGGAGUGGAAGUGAUUCUUGAUCCCACAGUGCAGUUUGGCCUGAUCCUCUCAGAAGAUGGGAAGAGAGCCCGCAGGGCUGAUGUGGAAAUCCCAAAUCCAUCCAACAAUCCCCAGAAAUUUGACGGAUGGCCCUGUGUCUUGGCCACGGAGGGCUACACCUGGGGGAAGUUUUACUGGGAGGUGGAGGUGGAAGGGAAUACGUACUGGAGACUUGGCAUCACCAAGGAGUCUGCUGAGAGGCAGGGUGGUGUCACUAUGCAGCCCCAAACAGGCUACUGGGUUUUACGUUAUUUUGGAGAAGAGUUUAGCAUCCUCACAGAUCCCAAAACUCCUCUUUUCCUGCGUUCAAAGCCUUCCAAGGUGGGACUGUUUCUUAAUUAUGAGGAUGGGCACUUGUCCUUUUACAAUGUGGAUACAAGAUCUCAUAUCUAUUCUUUCACACGCAUGGAGUUCAAUGUCCCUGAGAGACUCUACCCACUUUUUCUAACUCUGGACACAGAACAUGACAUUACUGUGAGCCCAAUUAGACAUCACGCUUGAAGAAAUAGACAAAGAUGAUAUGUUAUAAAGUCUUUAAGUGUGAGAAAAAAAACAAACAUUUGGUUAUUCUGGUUCACUCUGGCAGGUACAAAUGGGUAAAUAUAUGAAAAGUUGGGUGCUGGUUUUGCAGCAUGAAAGGUCCAUCCUAAAAACUUUUAUUAGUUGUAUUUACUUAGGCAUGGAUUCUUCUUAGGAUAGUCUAGUUUUCCUGCCUUAAUCCUAAAAUGUGCAGGUUAUCUGACAUCUAUAUAUUCAAGAAGGAUAAGUGGGUCAGUGCAUGCAAAAUGGUGUCCUGCAACAUAGUUGUGCCACACCCACAGUUGCUAUUUGAAUUGUGAAGGACUGAUAUUUGAGGCGUAGGCUAUUUAUUGACUUUAUGGAUUUAAUCCUUGUGCCACUUUAUGGUUCAGAAUGCAUUAAAAUUGUUUUCACUGAUUUUUUUUAAAUGGAAAAUAAGAAGAAUAAGUGAAUUGCUGAGGGUCAAAGAGUGAGUCAGACUGCACAACCGAAUCCAUAAAACCUUGGUCUCAAGGCAAGUUUUGUAAAAUUAUCUGUAGACUAUACUACAGACUUUAAACUGUCAAUUUUGAAGUGAAAUGUCAACUUUUAAAACUGUAAACAAAUAAUAAUAAUUUGGAGUUAAAUACAA